UUCAUAUAUGUGGUUUAUCCUGCACUUGUAUUGGCUUAUAUGGGACAAGCGUCUUUUAUUUCACAACAUCACAACUUCGAGAGCAGUUAUCAUAUUGGAUUUUAUGUGUCAGUACCAGAAACACUCAGAUGGCCUGUUCUGGUGAUUGCUAUAUUGGCAGCUGUAGUUGGGAGUCAGUCAAUUAUUACUGGAACCUUUUCAAUCAUCAAGCAGUGCUCUUCAUUAAGUUGUUUCCCUGGAGUGAAGAUUGUGCACACAUCCUCGACAGUGCAUGGUCAGAUAUACAUACCAGAAAUCAAUUGGAUGCUGAUGAUACUCUGCCUGGCUGUUACUAUUGGCUUCAGAGACACAAAGCACUUGGCAAAUGCACAAGGGUUGGCAGUAAUCACUGUCAUGCUUGUUACCACUUGCUUAAUGUCACUCGUUAUUGUGCUUUGCUGGAACAAGAGUGCCCUUGGUUUCCUGCUUUUCUUUGGCGCGAUCGAAGUAAUCUACUUCUCAGCUUCCCUUGUCAAGUUUCAUGAAGGUGCUUGGGUUCCCAUUACUCUCUCCUUCAUAUUUAUGGUGGUCAUGUGUGUCUGGCACUAUGGCACGAUAAAGAAGUACGAGUUCGAUGUGCAAAACAAGGUUUCAGUAAACUGGCUCUUAAACCUUGGUCCUUCGCUGGGCAUUGUUCGUGUUCGAGGCAUUAGGCUAAUACAUACAGAACUGAUGUCUGGAAUCCCAGCUAUCUUCUACCACUUCGUCACCAAUCUUCCUGCGUUUCACCAGGUACCUUAUCACUUCAGAGCUCAUAAACAUACUCAAGCAACAGUUUUUCUGAAUGCACUUCCCAGAUAUCUGGAUAAACAGCAUCAGUGCAUGGGGGCAGUUUAUGGAUGCAACUUUUAG